AUGUUAUGUACCACAAGAUCGUCCGUCGCUAUCCACGCAGAUGCCAAAUCUACGCCAAGAACAAGAACAUAUGCUGCUUUUGCUCCACCAUCUGCUAUACCUUCUGCGCGCCUAAGAGCACUAAAGGUGGCUACGUCCGGCCCCAUCGUGCGGAAGGCUAGUUCAGUUCCCGAUAUCACUCUUGAAGUGAAUUCACCCACAAGCUUAUCAUUGUAUCACCUCGACUUUCCGAUGUCAAUACCAAUCGUCUUGAAUCGUAUUUCUAUGCCCCCUGCUCUGGCCCAACGGAAACAGGUGGCCCGUUUCGCGGUCAUCCUGAGCCAGAUCGCCAUUCAAGACCUCAGUAACUGUAUGUUAGUUUCGCGAAUGUUCCGAUAUGCCAUAUAUUUAUCAGCUUCGACGCGUCUCGGGCGUAACUUUUCCGGGUACAGACUCAAUCGCAUUAUACAUCGCCUACCGGCGAACAUGAUGAAUAUGUGGCCAUAUCUUCUCCAGCGGCAGGGAGAGGAGAAGUUUCGACGUCGAGUUUUCGAAGAAUCCUUUCUAGGUCGUGUCUUCAGUGGAACAAGCGUAAUUGCUCCCCGACUCUGGGCGAGCCCAGACAACGACAAACAAAUUGUGAUCGCUAUUAGGCAUUCACUCAAAUCUACGGAUAAUAGGUUUCUGAUUACGCGUCUAUUCUUCACUGUUUCAGUCGGGGGAGGCCAAAGCGUCAAUGACUGGUUAAAUGGUAUGAUUGUUGAUGCCCGAGAAAUCAUCAAGGGGGAGGUUUGGUGCAUCGACGUUAUCCAAACGUCUAAAGCGCUCGAAACCUUCUAUGUCGUCGAAUCCACCUGUGAGGUCGUUGGUUUUGCCCCCUCGCCCUCCAAAGCGGAGGGCCCUCUUCCAAUAAAAAUGCGUGCCGACUGGUCUUCCUACAUCGAUCAAAGGUCACAACUCGAUCCUACCCGUUCUUUGUCCUCGAUUCCGGCUACUUCCCUCAUGGAUCAACUAAGUUGUGUGAAUCACGAAGAGUUCACAAAAGGAAUUAGCAAACUAUGGUUAAAAAAAGUUCAGAUUCAACAGGAAGUGGGAGUAGCGAAGAGGGUAGUUGCUGAACGCUAUAUACUAGCUAGUGUCGUCGAGAACAGCGUUAGCGGUCGGUACAAAACAUCGACAGAAAUGGCGCACGACUUUGCCGGAGUCCCCACUGAACUUUGUGAUGGGAAGAAACCCAAAGUUAAGCUGAACUUAUUUUUACCUGCUCAUCAUCAUGUCGAAAGUGUUCAUUUCACGACUGCGCAAGGCCGUCCGCUACACCCUGCUCUUGCGGUAGUCCAGACGCCGGCUAGGGAAUAUUAUGUGUUGAGGGACAAUGGCAUGCAGGUCGGCUGUGAGGAAGACGGAGUAGCCCGCGUUUGGAUGACGAUACUCGGCUGCGCAAUUAACGGUGAACGUGUUUGA